UUACUUAUUAUUACACUAUUACAAUUCAAACCAAACGAAGUUCAUUCACACAAGAUGGCAGAUUUAAGGUGUUAACGCUUGAUUCAAUGUGUCAAUUGUCAAAAGCCUGCUGGUAGGCGCGGCCCUUCCCCGUAGGCCCCCUAGCGGCAGGGGCCAAUAGCUUUCCCCCGGAAUCCGGGGGCCAAUAGCCAAAAGUGCUAUUGGCCCCCGGAAUCCGGGGGCCAAUAAGCCCAACCAAUAUUUAAUUGGUGACGUAUUUGUAUUGUAUAAUUUAAACAUAUAAAAUUGCUGAUGAAAGAUGAAAUUAAAUUGCAGACGACUUUUUGAGUAACGAGGUUAAGCAACCUUCUUGCGAUACCCUUUGGCAGAUGACAGACGAACGUUUCAUUCAAAACGCCAGACGACGAUUCGAGUUUAGAAUUUAGAAGCUAAUCGAAGUAGCUUGUUUGAUUUGGUUGUCAUUGAGUAAAUUUGUAUUGACAAAUUGUUUCUUGUCAUUUUUAAUAGAGCAAUGGAUAAAAUUACUGCUGGGAAAUCUUUGUUUUCGAAAAGUGAUGUGGAAAGAAAAUUAAAAAGUAAGAAAGGAAAAAAAAGUAAGAAAUCAUCAAAGGAGAAAUCCAGAAAAAGUCAUUCAAAGAAAAAAAGUCGUAAACGUCAUGCCUCGAGUUCUUCUGAUUCAUCAGAUUCUUCAAGUUCAUCAAGCAGUUCAGAAUCAAGUGAAAAUGAGAAAUCCAAAAAACGAAAGAAAAAAAGUAAAAAGAGCAAAGCAAAGAAACAAAAAGCAAAGCUAGAAGCAACCAAGUCAAAAGCUGUGAUUGAAAAACUACCAGUCAUUGUACCUGUGCAAGUAGUUAAGCUAUCAAUUCCAGAGGCAGAUGUUGGACCACAUAUUGAUUUGAAAUCGUCAAAGAUUAGAGCUCCCAUGACUAAAGAAGAGUAUGAAAAACAGCAGAGUACUCUGAAGUGGAUUACAGAUCCUGAAACUGGAACAAAAAGACUAAUCCGUGGCAGUGGAGAGAUUGUGGAAGAAAUGGCCAGCAAAGAAAGGCCACAUUCCGUUAAACCUACUCCUAGUACACUAUUUGCCGCAGACGGAAACUUUUUUCAACCACAAACUAAUAUGAAAGCAAGGUCUACCUAUGAUUGAUCAUGUUUCUUCAUUAAAAUUGAGUUGAUUCAUUUA